AUGGCUAGGAGCAAGGUUAGGCUAUCGUGGAUUGUCAACGACUCCACACGCCGCGCCACCCUGAAGAAGCGGCGCAAGGGGCUGUUGAAGAAGGUGGAGGAGCUGAGCAUUCUGUGCGGGGUGGAUGCGUGCGCGGUGGUGUACGCGCCGAACGAGCACCAGCCGCAGAUGUGGCCGCCCCCCCCGGACACGGCCCGGAUAAUAGCGCGCUUCAGGAAACUUCCGGAGAUCGAGCGCACCAGAAAAAUGAUCAACCAGGAGUCCUUCCUCCACCAGCGGGUCUCCAAGCUGGUGGAGCAGCUGCGCCGGCUGCAUCGCGAGAACCAUGAAAUCGGGAUAACCAAGCUGAUGUUUGAGGGGCUCCGGGGCCGCGAUUUCGACGACCUGUGCCUCGAGGACGCCUCUGCCCUCACCUGGAUGGUGGAGACCAAGCUGCGAAUGAUCUACGAGAAGAGGGAGGAGGUCUCCAAGCGGCUGGCCAUGCCCCCGCCGCAGCCGCAGGCUGCCGCGGCUCUUGCGGCCACAGCCACUGAGACGCAGCAGACGCCACCGGCCCAGCCACCGGCCCCGCCACAACCCACGGGGUGGAGCAACCCGGUGAACCAUGGACAGCAGGCGGUGGAGGCGGUCCAGCAGCCGAACUGGGUCACGGACGUGAUGGUUAACUGGUCGCAGCAGGACAGCGAUAAUUUGCUUGUGGAUCUCACCACCACAUGGCCGGCUACCCUGUUCCACUGA